CUGCACCUGCUGAAUCGCUCGCACUGGGUCAGAAGCCCACGGCAAAGUGGACUGGAGCCGACCAUCGCGUCACAGGGGCUCGCCUGUAUCGCACUGGCAGCCACAGUUUGCCAGCCACGCGUGGUGUCCCUUGGCGGCAGGCGCGGGGAGGGCGUCUGUAGCGCUGUCGGGCCUGAUCGCCUGAAAUAGAGCAGGAUGGUUCGCUUCUAUUGCGACUACUGCGACUCCUUCCUCACGCACGACUCCCCCGCCGUGCGCAAGCAGCACAACUCGGGCUACAAGCACAAGUCCAACGUCAAAGCCUACUACCUGCAGGCAAGCACCUACCAGACGCACACAUGCGGCAGCGGCGGCGGCCGCAGUCGAUGGGCAGUGGGGGUGGUGCUGGUGCUCAGCGUGCAGGCCAGUGCAGUUGGCCCGGGUGGGUUUGAGGAUGCCGGGGCGCAGGACGCGAUUGAGCAGCAGAUUGCGGAGUUCCAGCGGGGCCGCGGGAUGAUGCCGCCGGGCCCGGGGUUCAUGGGAGGGCCGCCGCCGUUCAUGGGCGGCCCGCCGAGGCCGGGCUUCAUGGGGGGACCGCCGCCGUACAUGGGCGGCCCGCCCCGGCCCGGAAUGGGCCCGCCGCACGGCAUGAUGCAUCCGGGAGCCCCAGGCAUGCCGCCCUACAUGGGGCCGCCGCGCCCGGGCAUGGGCCCGCCGCACGGCAUGGGGCCGCCGCAUGGCAUGCCGCCGCAGCAGGGCAUGCCGCCGCAGGGCGGGCCAGGCAUGGGUCCAGGAGGCCCCGGCAUGAUGCAGCAAGGCAUGCCGCCGCCCCGGAUGUGAUGGAAGGCCCCGCCUCACCUCGAGGCUUGUGGGCCGGCCUGGUCGCGUUCACGGCACCCUGCGUUUCGCCACAGCGGAUGCGGAUGCCACCAGCCACCCGCCGGCAGUUGGACCCAUUCUGAACCACUGGGCAGCAUCCGCCUGCCGAUGCCGCCUCCCUUUGCUCCUUGCUCCCCCCCUGCGCUGACCCUCCCUGCUCAUCCUCCCAAUGACUUACGCAUCGCCGCGUUUAUCAUAACAGCUGUGUAAUGCAGACAUCCCCUC